CUGACGCCUUUCCAUAAAGCCUAGCUACAAACCUUUUUCAUUCCAAGCUCGAUCUUGAUCAAACUCCACCAACCAGAGAGCUGAUCUGAGAAAAAGAAAGAGUUAAAACGUACUCCAUAUCAGCUAGCUGGCUUAACCAUGAGCAUUAAUGCCUGCAAAAACCCAUGCAUAGCCCUAAUGAACUGCUUAAGCUUCCUAUCCGCCAUCCCCAUUCUGGUCGGCGGGGUAUGGGUGAGAAGCAGAGCUAAAAGCACCGACUGCUUCGAGUUCCUGCACUGGCCCAUCAUCCUGAUCGCCGUCGCGAUCAUGGUCGUCUCCGUCGCUGGCCUCGCGGGCGCCUUUUACGGGAUCGACAUCCUCAUUUACGUCUACAUUUGGUGCACUUUCGGCAUCAUGGUUGUCCUCGUCGGGUUCCUCUUUUUCGCUUACGGCGUCACCGAAGGGACGGGCCGGCCUGUCUUGAAUCGGAUGUAUAUGGAGUAUUUCCUCCUGGAUUUCCCGGACCGGUGGCUGAAGGAGACGGUCACCAGUGCGGGCAAUUGGAGGGAGAUCAGUUACUGUGUUAGGGGUUCUGAGGUUUGUGGGAGCAUGAUGAGGAGGGGUGGUAAUGUAAUUUCUCAAACUGCAGCUGUGUUUUACAGAAGAGAGCUUAGCCCCAUUGAGUCUGGAUGUUGCAAACCGCCUACAGCUUGUGCCUAUGGUUAUGUGAAUGACACAUUUUGGAGGAUCCAGAGGGGAACAUGGGCAGCUGACCAGGAUUGUGGGAGAUGGAACAACGCCCCAGAACAACUCUGCUACAACUGUGAUUCGUGCAAAGCUGGUGUGCUGGGCAGCCUGAAACAUAGCUGGAGGAAGGCUUCUGUUAUCAAUACCAUCAUGCUGUUCUUCCUACUAGCUGUAUAUGUGGUGGCAUGUACAGCGUUUAGGCUCAGGAAAGAUGAAGAACCUUAUGAUGAUGAAGUUAAGCCUGAGAAAGAAGGGACAUCACAUUAUUAUGGUGAUGAAACUUAUAAGUCUGAGAAAGAAGGCACAUCACAUUAUCAUGGUGAUGAUGAAAAUGAGUUUGAGAAAGAUGAUGGGUUGCCUUAUGAUGGUGAUACCAAGAAUGGGAAAGUUCUUUAUAGCAGAAAGUUCAAAACAGAAGAUGAAGAGAUGGUCGAGAAGUGAAAAGUGAGGAGAGGCCUUGAUCGAAUAUGUAGUUUUGGUUAUUCUUGUUCUCUAAUUCUAAGAUGAAGGAUUUAUGCUUGCAUGCCUUUAUCAUUUUGUAAAAUGAAGAAUGUAGAUUGCAAAAACUUUUGUUUUCUUUUAAUAUGGUUUUCAUUUCUCAUAGCAAUUAUAGUGUGUGAGGUCCAAAUUCUCCAAUUUAUUUGAAGUAGUUGUGAAUUAGUGAAGAAAAUAUAAACACAAAUUAUCCUAAAUAAAAGUAGAAUUUAUUGCUUCUGAGUAA